CAAAAACACUUCAAUUAUUAACUCGGUAUUUAUUUAAAAUCGAGCAAUAUGAACAGUGACGUAAUCACACCCUCAGUGGAACAAAUAACAAACACGGAAAAUGAAAAUUUUAAUGAACAAGAUUAUACAGAGACAAAUGAUGAAAAGAAAUACUGGAGUAAAAUAUUAAACUAUAAUUUAAGCAAGAUAAAACGCAGUGAGAAUAGUACUCAUGUCACUGGAAAGAAUUCUUGCAUUGAAACUGAUUUUAAGCGUGAAAUGAAACGUUAUUAUGUUGGUUUAAAACAGAGUCUUGAUAAAAUUGACCGAUAUCAAGAAGAAGUAGCGAUCAAAAUGAAUCGUUUAUACAAAGAAUCACGAGAAUUAGCCAGAAGGAGUAGAAAUGAAAAGAAACAAAGUCUAAAGCUACGCCGGAGAAUUUCUUCCCAAUAUAAAGGUAUUGAUUUACCUCUGGAUACAGUAGAAGAAGGAAAAGGUGAGAAUGAAACUGAAAAGGAAUUAAAUAAUCAUCCAAAUGAAAUAUCUGCGGAUAAUGUGGAAACAGUAAAGGAGCUAAUACCAUCACCAUGGUUACCAGUUAUUAAUCCAACUAAAUUUGUAUCCUUAACCUCAAAUUUAAAUAAAUCAUCUAAUACAAAAAUAGAAACUAAUGAUAAUGUGAAACCAGAUUUGGAUAAACCAGAUAUACCCACAUGGCUUGAGAAUGUGAAAGAAGAGAUAAAGAAUAGUGAAGAACAAGUACCAAUUACUACUCUGAAAAUCGAUACAUCAACUAGCGAAAGUAAAAAGAGAUACAACAAUUACAUCCGUACAAGUAGAGAUAUUCGUCGAAGCGUAAACUAUUUAAUUAUAAUGCAUAGAGAAAGUCGAUUGUCUCAUUUGAAAGCAGCUUUAAGCGAAACACCAAUCGCUUAUUUAUGGAAAGGCAAUUCUGCAACUUCGAUAUCAUGCUUACGAAAAGCUAAGCUGAUCAGUUCAAAAUAUAGAGAUUUUGAUUUACAAGCAAAACGUUGUAUUCCUGGCUAUGUUGGUGGUAUAUCAAGCGACUUUUUGGAAGCUGUCGCCUUGCCUAAACCUGCUUUGAUUCGAUUCCCACCGCCAACUAGCAUGCAUAACUAUAGACGUAAGAAAAGGUUGGUUGUAGAAAGACAGCAAAUGCAACAGAGUUUGGGGAAAAUGAACGCAGUAAUCGAAGAUAUUAAGAAAGUUUUAGAAAGUCAGAAAUUAUUGGCAGCAUUGGAGUUCUUAUUAGCACCCAUAACACAAAAUAAGGAUGAAAAUGGUACAACAAAAGCUCAGUAGCGCACUGAUAGAUGUGGUUUAUUUCUGUGUACCUUUAUAAGUAAAUACACGUAUCACCGAUAUAACCGACUUUUCAUUAAAUAUUCACAUGUUUGUAUGCAUGCAAAGUAUUCAGUGUCAGUCUAAGUGUUGAGCCACAAAUCAUUUUGAAAAUGUGUCACGUAAACUCUAACAACCGGAUAUGGGAUAAUGUACGUGGUAUAAAAUUCACUUGAAAAUUCCAUCGUAUUUUAAAAAAAAUUAAGAUAUAGGCUUCGUUUCUUUGAAUUCUGUGGCCUUAAACAAGGGAGUCAUACUAUCGCUGAGUGAUAAAAAGCCAGACAUGCAGACUGUGAAAUCUAACAUCUGGAGGCAAA